ACCCGCCUGGUCUUCCUCAACGCGCUGCACUUCCAGCGUCUGUGGAAAGUUCCCUUCGAUCCCAAACUGACGCAGGAGAGGAUGUUCCACUGCGCCAAUGGGAGUUCAGUUCCUGUUCUCAUGAUGAGGCUCACCAACAACUUCAACUACGGCGAGUUUGUGACAGUGGAUGGCGUGGAUUACGACGUGAUAGAGGUCCCGUAUGAGGGCGACUCGCUGAGCAUGCUCCUGGUGUCGCCCUUUGAGCCCGACGUCCCGCUGAGCGCCCUGAGCGCCGACCUGAGCAGCCAGAGGGUUCGGCAGUGGAGGUCGGAGCUGAGGAACGUCAGGAGGCAGCUGGCCAUGCCGAGGUUUUCUCUGAACUCUGAGGUGGAUUUGAAGGGCACUCUGCUGAAAAUGGGACUCGGAGAGAUUUUCAACUUGGCUACAUCUGACUUCACACGGAUAACCUCCGACGAGAGGCUGUGUGUAUCCAAGGUUCUGCAGAAGGUGAAGAUGGAGGUGAACGAGCGCGGCACCGAGGGAGCCUCAGCAACAGUUGCUGUCAUGUUCUCCCGCAUGGCUGUCCAGGAGAUCACCCUGGACCGACCGUUCCUCUUCCUCAUUCAGCACAAGCACACUGGUGCUCUUCUCUUCAUGGGUCAGUUCAACCAUCCUGAAUAACAACGCCUCACAGACCGACCGCCAUCAUCAACCCCACAGCGUGUGACUACUACUGCUUCUACGUCCUCCCGACGACCACGAAGCCGACACUCUACGUGUUUCAGCGAUGGUUGUCGUUAUUCAAGGACGCCCUUAUUUAUAGUGACUGAAGAAAAUUACUGGGAGUGCUUGGACUUCAUAUAGAAGAAAUGUAUAUCUUGGCUAUUUAUUUAUUGUUUUAAAUGUGUGAAGUUAGGGAGCUGAGGCAGAGGCAUUUCUUGUAAGAAAUAAGGUUUGCAUUUAUUAAACGCCAUCAGACAGAGAGAUAGAGCUCUGACUGAGGCAAACUCAGAACAUACAUUUAUUACCAAUACACACAAUUCCCCCAGGGGAACCAACCCACCCCUGCAUAUAAAGAACUUUCUCACACAUUUGGAGGAAAAACAACUUUUGUUCUUUAAAGCCGUUCCCUGUUAGGUAAAUCUAUCUUUCACUGGUCAGAUGGAUCUCCUAAUAACAGCAGUCCUCCCCUUCAUGCCAUGAAAGAGGCUCUGUGACUCAUUCUUAUUUCUCAAGAUCUUCGUUUAGAGCCUGUGAGGCUAAGAACAGACAGACCUCAACAUUUUUUACUCCACAAAUGUUCGGGUUGAUAAAACAGGGAAGAAUUUGAAGCAACGCUGACAGGUUUCCAAAGACAGAAUUGCUUCUCUCUGCAUUUGUGCCAAAUAAUUAAUGUUUUUUUUUUUAUAUUUAAAUGUCCUGCAAACUUAAUUGUGUAAUAUGUGUGUGUUGUUACAAACGUUUAUAUUUUUGCAAUGUUUUAAUUAAAGAUUUCUUAAUGUUUCUUAA